CAAAGCGAGGGCCACCUAUCUCCCUCUCUUGCAGCCGAAAGCAGGGCAUUUCUUCACUUUGCAAAAUGCAGAAAUUCAGUCCGUAUAAAUACCGAGACGUGUUCAAUACCGAUCACACUCGAACACACAAGCUCAACAUGUUCAGCAAGAUCCUUGCUUUCUCCGCCCUUGUGGCCGCCGCCUCUGCUGGCGUUGUCGCCCCCGCCUACUCGGCGUACGCUGCUGCCCCCAUCGCCCGUGCCGCUUAUGCCGCCCCCGCCUACGGCUAUGCCGCCCCCGCCCUUGCCCGCGCUGCCUACGCCGCUCCCCUGGCUUAUGCCGCCCCCGUCGCCAAGGCUGUCGUUGCCGCCCCUGCUGAGUAUGACGCUAACCCUCAGUACAGCUACGCUUACUCCGUGUCCGACGCUCUGACUGGCGACAACAAGGAACAGCACGAGAGCCGCCAGGGAGAUGUUGUCCAGGGCUCUUACUCCCUCAUCGAGGCCGACGGCACCCGUCGCGUCGUCGACUACACCGCUGACCCCAUCAACGGAUUCAACGCCGUCGUGCACAAGGAGGCCGCCGUUUCCAAGGCUGUUGUCGCCGCCCCCGCCAUCGCUAAGGUCGCCGCUCCCCUGGCUUAUGCCGCCCCCGUCGCCCACGCCGCUUAUGCUGCCCCCGUCGCCCACGCUGCCUACGCCGCCCCCGCCUACGGCCGUGCCUACUUGGGUUAAGUGCUCAAUGCUGCAUUGUUGGAGUCUAAUUUAUUUGUGAAUAAAACUACUUCAUUUCUGUUUUCGUGGUUCGUAAACCACGGUUGUACAAGACUAUCGAAACAAAUAAAAUGUAAAAAUACAAGCCUGAA